UUGUUUGUAACGCAGCAGUUUCCCGCCCUCACAUGUUUGUAACGCAGCAGUUUCCCGCCCUCGCCGCCAGGUGUCAGUGACGUGCUGAGAGGUCUUCUACCACAGAAGAAGUCCUGUGUCCUUCACAACAGCAAACAUGGCAUCUGCCACCAAAAUCAUCCAGAGGCUGCGAAACUUUUUAUCUGGGCAUGAUCUGCAAAGCAAGCUGCAGCUGAGGUACGAGGAGAUCGCGAAGAGGACACAGCCACCACCCAAACUGCCAGUAGGCCCGAGCCAUAAGUAUGCCAGCAACUACUAUUAUACCAGAGAUGGACGCAGAGAGUCAGUACCCGCCACAGUCGUCAUGUCUUCACAGAAGGCUCUCACCGCUGGCAGUCAAGUUGCCGAGGCCCCAAAGCCUCCAGUGACUCCAGGUGCUGUAUAUCAGGAGCCAUCGCUGUCCACAGACCAGCCGUACCUCUGAGCAGCAGGAUUAACUCCUUAAGCAUCAACAACCUAAUUAAACCAGCCAAACCUGCUGUAACGGCCUGACCAUUGUUGUUGGUCAUAUCCUGUACAAUAGAACGUGUGAAUAAAAUGUCUUCUGUUUAAAUUG